AUGUCCAGUGAGGCGGACCUCAAGGCUUUCAUAGAUCGCCAACGCGUUCUACUCGCGAAAGAACGCGCGGCAGAGAUCGAACGAAGCUCUCUACUACUUUCUAACUGUGGCCCUAAGCUACUGGAGCAAAAGGGAUUAUCGCUGGGAGGACUUGGGAUAGCGAGUAUAAAUAUCGGCCUUGGAGGGAAGACCUUGGUGGAGCUCGAGCGUCCAACAGCUUAUCAUUCAACUCCCGUCUUCCCUCCCCACACCUUCCGACCGGGCGACCUAGCUAGAAUUGAGGCCAAUGUAACCUCAACGGGGCCCACGAAGAAGCCUAAAAUGUCGGUCCCAGCGGAGUCGAAGGGGGCUCAGACAGAAGGGGUUGUCUACAAGGUCUCCGACACACGUAUCGUCGUUGCUGUCGAUGCCUCAGAAUCUAAUUCUGAAGACCUUGACCUUCCUGAACGUUGCCGUGUCGUCAAGCUUGCCAACAGUGUUACUUACGACAGGAUGGACAAGGCUAUCGACCGACUAGAAAAGAUUGUGCUAUCGUCGAACGAUGGCAAAUCUGUUGGUGAAUUGAACAGCUUGAUGCAAACUCUACUUGGAAUGAAGCCACCGUCGCCGAAAGAAUCUAUCAAAGACCUCGCAUUCUUCGACGAGGCCUUGAACGAAAGCCAGAAGAUUGCUGUCAAGUUUUGUCUCGAAUCUCCGGAAGUUGCUUGUAUUCACGGUCCUCCGGGAACCGGCAAGACGCACACCCUCAUCGAAAUUAUCCGUCAAUUAACCUCGGAAACGCCGACAAACCCAAACCCAAAGCGCGUACUUGUAUGCGGAGCCUCCAAUCUUUCCGUUGACAACAUCCUCGAACGUCUCCUUGCUCUUCCGAUCGCGGACAAAUCUCAGCGGUUGAAAGUUACCAGAAUCGGCCAUCCUGCCCGCGUCAUGGCACAAGAAAAUGUGAUCGACUCGACUCUAGAAGUCAAGGCCACAAGAACUGAUCAGGCUGCCCUUGCCCGUGAUGUUAAGGAAGAAUUAGAGACCACUUUGGGAAUUUUAUCCGGGAAAGGCAAAGGGGCGAAAGGAAAGGCACCAAGAGGGGCAGAGCGGAGGAAAUUAUGGGAUGAGGUGAAGGCUCUUCGAAAAGAAUAUCGUCAGCGAGAAGGCGGCGUCGUCAAGUCGGUCUUAAAGGAGUCUCAGGUGGUUCUAGCGACAUGCCACUCGUCUGGUGGCAGGCAACUGUUUAACGAAGGGUUCGAUGUGGUUAUCAUCGAUGAAGCGACGCAAGCGUUAGAAGCGGUGUGCUGGAUUCCCAUAUUCAAGGCAAGGAAACUCAUCCUGGCUGGCGAUCCGAUGCAACUUCCUCCCACCAUUCUCUCCCUUGACGACAAGAAGAAGAGGAGUGCUGGUGCGACGAAGUCGCCUGCUAAAGCCGGGCCGACAGCCAAGAAAUCCUCUAAAGCAAAAGCUCCAGCUGCGUCCGUUGCUGCUGAUCACUCGACCAACAAUUCCGACUCAGAGAGCAGUGGAAUGGAAGAUGCAUUAGCAAAUAAGGCAGCUGCUUUGUCCUUGACAAAAGGAUCGAAACUCGUCCCGCCAAGAACAUUGGAAACGACACUCUUCGAUCGACUGGAGGCAAUGUACGGAGCUAGCAUUAAGAGGAUGCUGGAAGUUCAAUAUCGUAUGCACGAUCAAAUCUGUACAUUUCCUUCCAAGACGCUCUAUGGUGGUAAACUUAUGUCUCAUCCAUCUGUCGCCUCGCAUCUGCUGUCGGACCUACCCAAUGCCCAAGCCACAUCAGAAGAAGACGAGACAGACCUGCUGCAGACACCAGUGGUGUUCUUCGAUACGGCUGGAUGUGAAUACUUCGAGCGUCUGGAUGGAGACGGCGAUGAAGGUAGCCGCUGCAACGAAAACGAAGGGUCGAUUGUCAGUAACUGGGUGGAUAAAUUGACUGCAGCUGGAGUUCUGCCUGGGCAGAUCGCCAUCAUCACUCCUUACCAAGCACAAGUGACAUUACUGACUUCGCUCCUUCGCCCGAAAUAUGGACUGUCACUUGAGAUCGGAACUGUCGAUGGGAUGCAAGGUCGAGAGAAGGAGGCUGUCAUUAUCUCUCUGGUUCGGAGUAACAACCAAAGAGACGUCGGGUUUCUCAAAGAAAAGCGAAGGAUGAAUGUUGCUAUGACCCGAGCCAAACGACAUCUGUGCAUAGUUGGAGACUCGUCUACGGUUUGCCAAGGUAGUGGCUAUCUCAAGAAGUGGUUGGCAUGGCUAGAUGCCAAUGCAGAUGUCAAAUAUGCAGGAAUGGAGUAG